GCGCACACUGUUGAAAGUAGGCAAGAGAAGGGAGACACCAGCUUCUAACCGGCUCGUAGCAAUCACGACAAGACAUUCAAACUGAGCACCGCGAGAAUUCAAGACAAUGUCUGGAGGUUUUGAACAGCGAAUAUAUCCACCAAGUAGCCCACGGUCACUGUGAACAAUGCUCCCGACUCAAAUGUGCAACAUGAGACAUCUCUGAUAACAACCUGCGCAGUCAUUCAGAAGCACAAGCGAUGCACAGAAACCCCCUGAUGUCCUAAAAUCAAGGUUGGCCAUAUACCAGCAUAUAUAGUGUGCUCUGUCUUUGGACAAGUCGGCCGGUGCUCUUUGUUUCAGUGUCCUGUGGUUCAGUCUGGGCGUGACCAACAUGUGGCUCCACCUCACCAGACCAGGUGUGACUGCGUGCUCUUCGUCCAGCCAGUCAAAGGAAGAAACGCUCAUGGAUACGGGACCACAGCCAGAAGAACCCUGACACCCUUGAACAUACAGAGACCCAUCAGAGCACUGCAGUGUGUUCAGACAGCCACUCAGUGUGUGUGUUUUGCCAGUCCCAAAUGUUGGCACAAUGGACUGGGUCUCUUACCUGAGAUUAAUCAGAAUCCUGGAACAUCCCGGGUCUGUGCGUGCAUUUGGACCAUGUGAAGUGUUGGAACUGUUCGUUUUAGGCUGUUGAUCCGUACGGGCGUUCCCUUGCGGUCACGGAGAGUGUUCUAAGAAAGAGACUGUCAUCCCAGGUGUUGGUCCCAUCAGGCACGGGCUGGGGUGACGGAAGAAUCGGGCGGAAGGCGGCUUCGAGGACCUCCUCACUAAUCAGUCCCAGGAUCCAGAGGCCUGGAUCUGCAGGGAGAUGCUUCAGCCUGACAACUACUCACUGGUGCUGCUGGUCCAGCUCAUGCUGCUGACCUACGACCUCCUGGUCAACUCCUUCAGCGAGCUGCUUUGGACCACACCUGUAGCCCAGCUGGUGCUCUACAUCAUCCAGGACAUCGGCGUUCUGUUCAACCUGAUGAUCGUCCUGCUGAUGCUGUUCAACACCUACGUGUUCCAGGUGGGCCUGAUGUCCCUGCUGCUGGAGCGCUUCAGGGCCCUGCUGCUGGUCUGCCUGCUCUACCUGGCCCUCACCAUCGCCUCCCACUGCUGGCUCAUGAACCUGCGGUGGCUGAACUUAAACAAAUUUGUCUGGACAGAUGGUCUCCAAGCACUGUUUUUCUUCCAGAGAAUGGUGGCAGUGUUAUAUUACUACCUCUACAAGCGGGCGGCAGAACACCUCGCUGACCCCCAGCUCUACGAGGACUCCAUCUGGCUACGCGAUGCGUUCGCCCGAGCCCGCCAGUAAGGGCGGGGCACAGAGGGGACGGACAGGGGUCAGAAAGUGGACCCGCAACGGCCAGAGCCAAGAUGGACGGUACUGCAGACACGAAGGAGACAUCGCAGUGAACAGUACCAGGUUGAAGGAAACCGUGGACACAGAGGCGGAGACAGACUGCGGCGGACCAGGCUGCACGAUUGAUCCAGGGGGCUGGACUGAACACUAAGACAACUUUCCACAGGCGUGACGAAGCGAGUUUGGAACAGUUUUAAUCUGGACUGAGGAGUUGCUUUGACUGUGAUUUAAUGAGACAUUCUGCAAAGUCGGCGUUCACAUGGGGCUUCUCGCGUAGGAGAGGACGCUGUGGAACAGGAAAAAAGUGUUUCCUAAAUUGUUUCAUUGUUUACAAAAAUGACAGCUUGUCAAAUCCGUUUGUGUGGUCAUCUACUCAGUGAUCUCUGCUUUGCUUUGGAUGGCUCAAUGUAAACGGGCUCAAACUGACACAAGUGGAUCAAGGAGUUGUCUUUAGUAGGAUUUUAUCUUUCAUACUCAGUGAUGUAGAAUCACUCCAGUUGGAAUCUGAGUCAAGUGUGAAUGCAUUUGCCAUUAGAAUUGAAAGUCAUAACUUAAGUGCUUGUUCCCCAUAUUUUGAAUGUCAUAUACCAGUGUUAGUGGCCUUGGAGCAUGUUUAUGCAAAAUUAAGAACAGAGAACGUUGUCUGGGAUUCCAAUUGACACUUUCUCUUCCCGGUUGUGCAAAACCUGUGUCAGAAUGCAAUAUUCCUUGUUUAACAGAGGAUGGCACAUUUGGUUUAUUGAUUAUUUUUUAACGGUCAAUUGAAUUGAACUGGGUACUGUUGUAUUGGUCCAUAUAAAGUGCAGCUUGGGUAUAAAAUUUUAUAGGCCGUUAUGCUUGACCUGAACGGCCAAAUGUAACCUCAUCUGCACAAUACACAAGAAGUUAGUCCCA